GUCAGUAUAUAAGCGCGGACGCCGAGGCGCAGCUGCGUCCUGGGCGUGAGCGCCGUCCGCGCGUGUGGCCCGGCGCCGCCUCCCAGGGGAGCCGCCUCCCAGGUUUGGCUUUCUGCGCUGAGGUCAUCAUGAACUUUUUCCAACUCCUGAAGAAAAAGAAGGAACUUAUUCCUUUGGUGCUGUUCAUGGCCACAGCGGCGGGCGGAGCUUCGUCUUUUGCUGUAUAUUCCCUUCAAAAAUCUGAUGUGAUCCUUGAUCGGAAAAGAAAUCCAGAACCUUGGGAAACCGUGGACCCUAGUGUACCUAGCAAGCUUAUAACAAUCAACCAAGAAUGGAAGCCCAUUGAAGAGUUGCAGAAGGUCCGAAGAGCCACUAAAUGACCAGCUCUUGCUUCUUUUUUUCAAAGAGUACUCUAUGAAUCUAGUGGAAACAUUGCUGCACAAACUAGAUUAUGGAUACCAGUGUGCGGAAAUGCUUCUGCUACAUUUUUAGGGCUUGACUACAUUUUCGGACUCAGGAUAGGAAUUAUGAAGGUAGUAUAGCAAUGACCACAUAGUUCAAAAAUAAUUUUGUGUUUAUUUUCUUGUUGUAAAUUUAAUUUUGCAUAUUGAAAUUUGAAUGUUUAUGAUGCCCAAAUGGUUUCCUUAAAGUGUAUAGAGAUUUAUAAACUGAAUUGUCUAUAAUAAAAUACUAUUUGUGCAUUA